CAUGGUGGGCUAUAUCCUGGGCUUGGGUGAUCGGCACCCGUCCAAUCUCAUGCUGGACAGGGUCAGUGGGAAGAUCAUUCACAUCGACUUUGGUGACUGCUUUGAGGUGGCGAUGCACAGAGAGAAGUUCCCCGAGAAGGUCCCCUUCAG